AUGGUCCGCAACUCACAGGCCUGGACAUUCAGCGAGCCAGGGCUCAAUCCCUGCGGACAGCCCGUCAUACACAACAUUGCCGAGAUGCUCGGAUGCAUCUGUCCCAACGGAGAUAUUGACCUACCAAUACAUUCAGUGUUUCCCGAGGACAAGGCCGGAAUGGCAGAGCUGGCCUGCCAGCUGGAAGAAAAGCAGACCAAGCCACAGCCAAAGCGGCAGCAGUCGUCUCAACUGGAAUUUGACGGCGACACCCUAUCGUGUGAAUUUGAGCAAUCAAGCUACAACAUCGACGGUAUUUCGCCACGUUUCGAUCAUCAGUCCAAUCCCCCUGGGAACGACAGAGGCGUCGCUAUGUCGCUGCACUCGGUUAUCUCGGUAGCGACCGGCUCCGAGCCGGACCGGCCCAUAGACAUCAACGACGCUUCCUUCUCUCUCCUUAAGCGGGAUGAGCAGAAGCCCCAGAAAUGGUUUGGCUUGCCGCCGAGCAGCGAACUCGGCAGUAUACAUUUCGAGUACCCUGAUGACGGGCUUUACUGGCUCAACGUGUUAAAUCAGGGGUUCGUUGAGAGCGAGUAUGCCAUGGAAGGCGACAUUCUAUCUAUGCAAAACCUGGAUGUCAUCGAGUCCGAUAUCCGGUCAAUACAGGGCCCGAACCUCGUAACGAGUCUGAAUGACCCAACUGUCUACAUCGGCUUUCAUAGCAAGGAAACCAGGCCCUAA